AUGAGCGCGCUACUGUCCGAAAGCGAUCUCAACGACUUCAUAAGUCCUGGUCUUGCAUGUGUGAAGCCCACCGAGACGAUCAAAGGCGACGCAAAUGGCAGCAACGAACUUGAAGUUGGAAAAGAGUCCAACGAAGUUGAGAAGGUGUCUAUUUCUUUGCAAGAUUGUUUGGCAUGUUCCGGGUGCAUCACAUCUAGUGAGGAGAUUUUAUUGAGCCGGCAAAGCCAUACAGUAUUUCUAGAGGCCUGGAAAGCGCUUCCAGAAGAUGCAAACUUGGCCGUCAGCAUACCACCCCAAAGUCGCCUUUCCCUGGCGAAAUAUUACAACAUGACCCUCGAAGACUUUGAUAUUGUAUUUUUAAACUUUAUGCGGAAGUAUUUCGGAGCCCGGUACGUGGUGGGAACACAACUUGGACGCAGUGUCACCAUCAAGCAGACCAACGACGAGCUGUGCAGACGAAAAGCUGCGGAGCAAACUGCAACUCCAACGCUUUGUGCCGUGUGUCCCGGAUUUGUGCUUUACGCUGAGAAGUCAAAACCUGAAUUGGUACCGUAUUUGCUGGACGUAAAGUCUCCGCAGCAGAUUACAGGCUCGCUCCUGAAGAAAGCUGCGCCCAAUAUCUACCAUCUUACCGUGAUGCCGUGUUUUGACAAAAAACUGGAAGCCAGCAGAAAAGAUGGCGACGGUGAAGUGGAUUGUGUGAUCACUCCUCGUGAGUUUGUAACGAUGCUUGAGGAACUUCAGCUUGACAUUAAUGCGUAUUUUGAAGUUUCGGAUAGAAGCUCGCUACUUGAGGCCUGCAGUCCCCAUGGUUGGGAUCCCGAAAUUCAUUGGGGGUCCAACGAGGGUAGUAGCUCGGGGGGGUUUGCAUUUCAGUAUGUCCUGCACGAACAAAAAGCGCACCCUGGUUCUAAAAUAAUAACGUUGGAGGGUAAGAAUAGUGACAUCAAAGAAUAUAGGUUGGUUAGCGGUGUCGAAAAUAAGAUCAUUGCAUCUUCAAGUCAACUAUACGGAUUCAGAAAUAUUCAGAACAUGGUUCGAAAGCUGACAGGGUCUGGCACUACAACGAGGAAUGUGAAAGUACUACGCAAGAGAAGUGGCAACCCUUCCUCACAAAGGAAAGUAGCGGGUUCGGUAGCGGAGCCAAUCAAGACCGAUUUCAUUGAGGUGAUGGCGUGCCCGGGAGGAUGCAUAAAUGGUGGCGGGCUUUUGAAUGGGGAACAGAACAGUAGUAGAAGGCGAGCGCUGGCAAGAACUCUGGAGAAAGAGUACGAGCAGAAUCUGCCGCGGGUUUACGAUGAAAGUAGUGUGAAUGACACAACACCAUACAAGUAUAACUUUACGCCCAUAGAAAAAUCUUCAGAUGUGGUAACUGUGGGCAAUACUUGGUAA